AUGAAACGCAUUUUUAUAUCACCACGUUCUUACAUACAAUUUGGUAUUUUUUACACCACCUCUUCCACACUAGAACAUUCUACACGAUUUGGUAAAUUUAGCAAAACAGCUUGUGAAAAUAAAGAUUUGUCCACUAUGAUACCCCAAAAUAUUAGUAAAGAUACCAAGAAAAAUUCCAAUGAAUGUGUUAACAAAUUUAUAAAUGAACCUGUAAAUCCAAAUGCAAAUAUUAUAAACAUUUUAGCAGAAAUAGGAAAAAAAAGACGCGAUGAAGGUGAAACUCAUAAAGUGAAUGCUUAUAAAAAAGCAAUAAAGGCUAUUUCUGAACAUCCUACAAAAAUUACUUCUGGUAAAGAAGCAAUGAAAAUCAAGGGUAUUGGUGUUCGUAUUGCAUCAAAAAUUGACGAGAUACUACUUACGGGUACAUGUUCAACUUUAACCGAAAAAGGCGGAUUUGAAGAAAAAUUGGUAGAAUCUUUUACAAAAAUACCUAAAAUUGGAUGGGUAGGAGCAAGAAAAUAUUAUGAGAAAGGCUAUAGAUCUUUAGAAGAUGUAUUAGCCAAUGAAAAAUUAUCACCAUUACAAAAAUUGGUAAUAAAAUAUUUUAAUGACUUUGAAAAUCCAUUUCAAAGAUGGGAAAUGGAUUUAUUACAGAAAAAUAUUAUUUCAGAAUUGAAAUCUAUAGAUUCAGGAUUCAUUGCUGAACCAUAUGGUUGUUAUCGUCUUGGGCUUGAAAAUUGUCAAAAGUUAGAAAUAGCAAUUACACACAAAGCAUUUGAUUCUACCACAAUCAAACCAAAUGAAAUCAAAGAUAUAAGUGAUAAGGCUUUUAACCGUUUUGUUAAUCAUUUGACAUCAAAGAAAAUAUGCAGUGAUCAUUUGAUUUUAGAAAAUGAUGACGGUGCAAAUUAUAUGCUUGUUUGUCGACUUCCAGAAGUAUAUCAAAAGGAUUUAAUAUGUUAUUAUCGAAAAGUUAUUUUACAGUAA